UUGUCCCCUGACCAUGUUUAUAUUUAAGAUCUAGAAUGUUUAGUUGGAUGAAUAAGGAGGAGAGUAGGAAGAAAGGAACUGAUGUAUAUGAUGGGGUAGCCGAGGGCUUGAAGAAUAUAUACAGGCAGAAACUUCUCCCAUUAGAGAAGGAAUAUCAGUUUCAUGAUUUCCAUUCUCCAGCACUAGAUGAUCCAGACUUCGAUGCAAAACCUAUGGUUAUGUUGGUUGGUCAGUACUCGACCGGAAAGACGACCUUUAUCAGAUAUUUACUGGAACAGGAUUUUCCAGGGAUCAGGAUUGGACCUGAGCCAACCACUGACAGGUUUAUAGCUGUGAUGCACGCAGAUACGGAUGGAAUCGUUCCUGGGAACGCUUUAGUCGUGGAUCCUAAAAAGCAGUUCCGUCCUCUCUCCAAGUUCGGGAACGCGUUCCUUAACAGGUUUCAGUGUUCUGGAACUACAUCAAGUGUCCUUAAAGGAAUAUCUAUCGUGGAUACUCCGGGAAUUCUCAGUGGUGAGAAGCAAAGAACGGACCGAGGAUAUGAUUUCAUCGGAGUUCUGGAGUGGUUUGCGGAGAGGGUUGAUAGAAUUCUUCUGCUCUUUGAUGCUCACAAGCUUGAUAUUUCCGAUGAGUUCCGGCGAUCUAUUGAGGCGCUGAGGGGUCACGACGACAAGAUUAGGAUCGUUCUCAACAAGGCCGACAUGGUCGAUCAUCAGCAGCUCAUGAGGGUGUACGGAGCCCUGAUGUGGUCCCUAGGAAAGGUCCUGGGUACCCCUGAGGUUGCUAGGGUCUAUAUAGGAAGCUUUUGGGAUCAACCUCUAAGAUAUGAUAUAAACCGACGAUUGUUCGAGGCAGAAGAACAAGAUUUGUUCGCCGACCUUCAAUCCCUUCCCAGAAAUGCGGCCUUGAGGAAACUAAAUGAUCUGAUCAAACGAGCAAGAUUAGCAAAGGUUCACGCGUACAUAAUCUCUGCGCUGAAGAAGGAUAUGCCGGCUGUGUUCGGGAAGGACGGGAAAAAGAAAGAGUUGAUUAAGAACCUGGACGCACUCUACGGACAACUUCAGAGGGAGCAUCAGAUAUCUCCUGGGGAUUUCCCUGAUAUUAAGAAGAUGCAGGAACUACUAGUUAAUCAUGAUUUCACCAAGUUUCAUGCUCUAGACCGGAAGUUGAUUGAAAGAGUGGAUAAGAUGCUAGCAGAGGAUAUUGCUAAACUAAUGUCUUUAGUUCCUCUCGAGGAACAGAUAAGUAAGACGGAAGGAAGUGAUAGGAUUGAAGGAGGAGCAUUCGACCAAGUUAUGGAUAGUCAGACCCCGUUCAUGUUCAAGGGAGGAGAGGGUGUAAAUGCAGGAGUAGGAGAGGUGGAAUGGGUUAUUGCUAAGGACAGGUUUAAGUAUGAUGCUAUGUUUGAUGACCUGAACCCUGUGGAUGGGAAGGUGUCUGGAGCAGCUGCCAAGAGCGAGAUGAUCAAAUCCAAGCUACCCAACAAUGUUCUUGGAAAAAUCUGGAAACUAAGCGAUGUAGACAAAGACGGAAUGUUGGAUGCUGAUGAGUUUGCUCUGGCUAUGCAUCUAAUGAAUAUAAAACUAGACGGCCAUGAUCUUCCGACGGAGUUGCCAACCCAUCUGAUCCCUCCUAGUAAAAGAGCGUUCUAAUUCCUAACCUGGAGCCAAGAAUCAUUGUUUGUGGCUUCCUCUUUAUUCACGACUCCCAGGAAAAUAUAGGCCUCGUGUGUGUAUAUUUGAAAAUUAAGAAAAAAAUUGUUUUUUUGUUUCCAAAACGUCCACCCUCCGGAUUCAGUUUUUCCUUAUAAAUUUUAUUCAACCUUCUUUAUUCUAUACGUACCCAUCCCUCAAAACAUGAUUGCUUUUACUUAAACAGUGUACACUGUACAUUAGAAAUAUUUUUUUACACAAAAUAUCCUAUUUUACAAAUCUUAAUGUCUUGAUAACAUUUUGGAAGUCAACAAAAAUUUUGUAUUUUAACAUAAAGUAGUAUUUUAGUUUUAGUAGAUUUUAUGCCGAUAAUAAGUUCCUGAAAUUUCAGUUUUUUAAGGAAUAUGUUCUAAAAAAUUUCAUUUUCUACUCAAAAAGCUUCCGUCCGUAGUUUUUAAGUAUAAUAGUACACGCUUUGGGCUUUUUAUGUACAUUUAUACAACUUAAACAGUACAGUACAUCAUGUUUUUGUACUGUACACAGUUUAUUUGUAAAUAAAUAAUUUCUAUUGAUUUUUGAAUGUUCUUGAACCCAGAUAUUAGAUAUAGACUUCAAUAUUAUCUUUUUCUAACGUGGAAAUGUGAUACAUUGUGAUCUGUAACUACCGGUUAUGUAUUGUCGGAUUUAAUAAAUAAAUUGUAAUUAUUC